AUGAACGAUAUUCCAUUGAGUUUAAACGCGAGCGCGCUGAUUUCAUCGAAAGAUGUUCUACUCAAAUAUAUACGGAGUUUGUCGAAGACAGAAAUCAGAAAAUUGCUGAACCCUGUUCGAGAAGGAAUUCUUACGGAGGAUACCGUACUUCAUAUUAAUAUUCAAGAAGGAAUUUUAACCGAUGAUUGUUUCAUCAAUAUUUCAAAUCACAUAGGACCGGAUAAGAUUUAUGUUCCCGUUCCAAGAGUUAUUGGAGCGUUUCGUGUAGCAGAACAAAACAUGAUUGAAUUACACGCCGAGAAGCCGAUUCUUCUAAAAAUCGUUAAUCUGCAGCAUUAUUCCUCUGCAAAAUUCGCUAGAAGCUAUCGAUCGGACUUUGAGAUAAAAUCUUUGACAGCUGCGCGAUUCACAAUGUCGAUUUGGUAUACAGUUUUCUUCUCUCUAAUGACUCUUGGAACAUUUGCAUUCCAUAUUUGGUCGCAAAUCACUAAUUUUUCCGGAAUGCAGGAAAAAUUAACAAUGACUGCUCCGACUAUCCUAUUAGUAAUAACAAGUCUUUUGAUUGGAAUGCUCUUAUACCUGAAUAUCUACAUGAUCGGAUUUCUAUGCUGUUGUGAGAAUAAUUUCCAUAACAGUCUGAAUGUUGUCCAAGGUGACUAUUCAUUCUUCUAUGUUCAUUUUUGCGAGCUCAAUCGUUUCGAAAUGAGAAUUUAUACCGUAAUAAUUCUCCAAUUAGUACUAAUGCUUUACACACUUCUUCUCGCCAUAUUUGCGCAUGAGAAGGAUCUGAACAUCUAUCCGGCACUUUUUUGUGUGCUCACUAAUGGUUUUGGUUUGAUGCUAUUUUCAAGAAUUGCCGAGUUUUUCCGAAGAUGCCGAAGAACAAGAAAAGGCACUGCAAUUGCUGCAAGAUAA